GCCAUUUUACUUUCAUUCUUCUUCUAUGCUGGCCUGUGUGACAGUAUAGGAACACUGAGGUGGGGUUCGAAUCACGAGGAAGUAUCGAGAGAAACACCUUGUUGUUUAAAUACAUUUCUUUGCCAUCCUUUCAAGACUCAAAUAUUUUCCUAGAUCUGCAGCCAUGCCUUGGAAGUGGGGAAAAAUCAGCGACCUUGACCUGGAGAUGGAAGUCAAACGAUGUUACCGGUCGCUAUUAGAAGCACAGGAAACAAAUGACAACUGCGUGCGUGCGCAUGAAAACGUUGGACGAGCGAUGGAGGACAAGACAGAUAAAGAGAACCCUUUUCCCGGAAAAUGGCGCUUUUUAAAACCAAGAGACAUCUAUCAGGCUAGCGAGUUAAUGGAGGAAAAAUACUACCAUAAAGAAUUACCAAAAUCUGAAAACCCCAUCUGUUUCACUUCGCCAUACAGGAACGCCAGAUUUGCAAAGUUUUCGCGUCCGCAAACAGUGCCAUCUUAUGACAAAGUAGACUCGUCAUGCAACAAAAUUACGGAAACAAAUGGCGAUGUGGACGGCGACACUUCAUAUAGCCUACCACCCGUAAAGCUGGAGGACGACAAAUCCUUCGUCAGCAACAUCUCCACGAUCCCCGAUAUUUCUCUAACGGGUCAACUACUGCGACCCGAUGACGAUGUAAAUCACUCCGAUGUAACGGGAAAAACAGGUCUCCAUUAUGCCUCCAAACGGGGCCAGAUCACAGCAGUGCAACAACUUCUUCAAGAUGGAGCCAUGGUCAAUGCUGUUGAUGAAUCUGGGAAGUCGCCUCUCAUUUACGCGGUAGAAAACGGUUUCACUGCAGUUGCCAAGGACUUGAUCGAUCACGGAGCUUACGUUAACCAAAAAGACAACAACAGGAUGACACCACUGAGACUCGCAACGGAGGCUGGAAAGAAAUACCUUGUGAGCGUUCUUCUGAAGAAUCGUGCCUCGGUUUACAUCCUGGAUAAGGACAUGAAAGCGGCGCUUCAUUACGCCGUUGAGAAGAACUACCCGGAUAUUGUUGAACUGUUGAUUGAUUCCGGGGCUCCAGUCAAUCAGAGUGACGGUAACCAGAGGAAAUCCCUGCAUUACGCCGCGGAAAGGGGGUACCUAUCCAUCGUAGAACUCCUCCUCAAGAAGGGAGCUUCCAUCGACAGUAUGGACCGAGACAUGCUGACACCAGUAUUUUUGGCUGUAGAGAAAGGACUCGAAAUUAUGUCACAUGUCCUGAUUUCCAAAGGAGCCAGUGUGAAUGCUGCUGAUCGCCGCCGUCGGACACCACUGCAUGUUGCCGCAGGAAGUGGAUUUAUCAACAUUGCCAUGGAACUGAUUGCAAACCACGCCGGAGUCAAUAAUCGGGAUGACGUCGGUCGAACGCCUGUGUUUUAUGCUGUCCAAAAUGGAGACGUCAAUAUGGUAAAUGCUUUCAUACAGAACGGUGUCCAGAUGGAUACGAGUGAUAUCGCAGGGAAAACCCUUCUUCGAUAUGCAAUUGAAACCCAAAGCGAGGCUAUGAUAUACUUAGUAUCCAAGGCAGAACUUGACCAGUGCGGUCCAAAGCGCCACGUUUAUCAUCGUCAGCUGCUGACAGCCAUUGAAACGGAGUGCGAAUUUCUAGGGAAAACCGUUUGGAAUCACGUAAUUGAUAACUGCUUGUGUCUGUCGUCCGAUGUCGUGGAAUGUCGCCUGAUGACAGCCACUGUUAACAUCCUUCUGGACGCCACGUGCACGGCCUUCUCGCGAGCCAACCGUACCGUACUUCUGAGAACGGAAACACAACUCAGAAAUAACAAGCCCGAGAACCCAUAUAUAGUGGCUCAUGUCAUCGCUCUUCCCCCAGCCAGACGCCCGACAUUUAUGGGAUUACCCGUUGUGUACAAAGUGUCGGAGUUUAAGGCAGCACCACUUUCUAGUUUAUUCAGCAAUCCCAAGUGAGUUGCAGCAGAUGAGUGGUAAAAAUUUGGUAGACUUUUGAAAUACGUAGAUAUUUUAUUUUUGUUUUGUCUUACUUUUGUAGCUAAUAAAAGAUCCACUUUGUUGUUUAUUGUACAUAUAGCACUAUAAAACUACGAAGGGGUAUUUUUCUGACACACAAGAGGCUCAUGGGACUUGCAUUGUAGCUUUCCUGAUUUAUUUUUGGCAAUAUCUAAGAGUUAAAGUGCAUUUUAACAAAAUGUAUGCAUGUACUGUAUUUUCACUAUAUAAUAGCCAUCCCCUAUAGUCUCAGUACCUAUUGGGUAACUUGCUCAGGGGUAAUCAGGGUCAUAUAUUCCACAAUCUUCAUAACCAUACCUAUAGUAUUUUGUCACGAUGCAGUAGAUUCCACUAGAUAAAACUUUACCUAUUUAUAGCUCAGCCAUAGAGCCAACAGGUACUGUUUGCUUAAUGUUAAGGAUGACACCUGAUCUAGCACCAGAUCUGUCCCAGGGACCAUGUCUUUCACAAUUCUGGAAGAAGCCUCUCCCUACUUCAUCACUAUUCACUCUGCUUGUGUGAUGUCCAGGGCCCAGUUGCACAAAGACGAGUCAAGUUUAACUGACAGUUAAUGUCUACUUAACACUACAGUGUAUAUGAAUGCAAGAGUUAAUGAGAAGUUACAAAUGUAACUGUCUAUUAAAGUUAACUAACCGUCAUGCAACUGGGUCCUGGAGUCAAGGUCUCGAGAUAAUCUGGUGCCAUGAAUUCCCUAGUUUCCAUUACAGGCCUCUCUUAGUAUCAUUCUUGUGUACUCAGUUUCAUUGUUUGAUAUUCAAAAGGUCAAAGAAGGAUUUAAAAAAAGAAAUGGGGCAGUUUUACUCCAUUAAUCACAAAUCCCACCUUAGCAACAGCACCUCCGAUCCAGGGUUCAUGAAUUUCACAGUUCUUGUUCAUCAUGAGUAUAUACACAGUCUGGCCUCCUAGAUGUCCCCUAGUGUAGAAAAUUUAAAAAGAUUUCUAAAGAUAACAUCAUUUUAAAUGUAUAUUUCCCCCUCUGCACCCUGGAGUGCACUGACCAUGGAAUUCACAAAGAUAGUUCCCCUUACUUUAGAUAUUCCAUACUACUAAAAGAGAAGACGAUAGCAGAUUACCAAUCGUAAUAAGACACCUGAGUAACUCAAGUGACCCAAUAAAAACUAAAGACUAAUUAUAGAAAGCAUGCCGACUUUAUUUCAUAUGACAUAAAUUCGGAAACAAACAGAGAAAAAAACAGUACUAUACCAGAGCUACCAGGUAAAGUGAGUUAUUACAAAACAUAACGAAUUAGACAAUAAAUUAUCACACCGGGACGAAUGGGUGUAUAUCUUAACAGUAUUUCACAUCAAGAAAGAUAACUCUUACCAGAGAAAUGCCUACCAAGCAAGAAGACGUGUGCAUGAUAUCCACAAUAGGAGAAUGUGUAGCACGUGACAGCUUUCAUAAGAAGAAAGAUAAAUCCCUUAUCAAGCAAUCUCUUCUAUAAUACUGCUCAUCAAUAAGCAUUAUGUGUUAUUAUCAUGCUUCCUGUUAGAUUCAAUACCCUACUAUUUUCACAUAGAGCACCGGCAAAAUAAUGUGAACCAUUUUCUUUUUGAGAAAUUGUAGCCAAUCUGCGAACUUCACCCCAGGGCCUCUCCCUUGCUAAGCGAACAUGCUAUCCAUUAGGUCAGAGACCUAUACUAAAUGCGGAUAAAUUAAACAUAUCAAUUAAAAUUACCACUAAUAUAACCGUUAUAAGGAAAAUUUGUCAAAUAUUUGAUUACCACUAAAAAAAAAAUUCAAAUAAAAUAAUAACAAACUAAUCGAUACACAUUUAAAAUAUCCGCAUCAAUCAUGACUGGAAACACAAACACAUUCAGAGUGAUCACUGUUUCCUUCAUAAACGUAAGUACCAAACAUUCUGAAGAAAAAAAUGUUGAGAGUCAGCACAAAAUUAUAAUAAUGUUACAUUUUGCAUGCACUACAGUAAAACACAGUUACAGCAAGCACAUUUAUAAUGAAUUCACACCUACAGUGAAGUGAUUUUCAUUCCCUGUAGUUUUAAAACAUAUUAUCAACUUAUUGGAUAUAAUGAAAUACGUUUAUAACGAAUCAAAAUUGUUUAUCCCCAGCA